UCAGCCUAGCGGUGGCUGCUGCCCUCAUCUCCCACCUCAUCCAGCCUCUCCCUCCUUAUACACACAUCUAUUUCUUCCUCCCUCUGCUGAGCUUCAUGAAAAAACUGCAAAACCAGUCAAGCAGGCUGCUGCAGUAGAAAAGUUGGCCCCCUUCACCUUGUGUGCAUCCCUAUCCCAUUCAUUGCAGUUGGCUCUGGAAGAUCUGCAAAGCCUCCUUCAUUGUUUCUUGGUGUGUUUGUGGACCCUUGCCUCCCACCUCUGGUCAAUUCAAGUUCAUCCCCUGCUCCCUAUAGCUGCUGUGCCUUGGGGGCUCCUUGCUGAUCACUACCUUGCAUUGGGGCUGAUUGCUUCAUCCUCGACCAACAAGUCCAAGACUGUCUCCCAUCACUUCCAUGGAUCAGAUGGAGCAGCUUCUCCAGAAUUAGCAUAACUUUUAGCACUGCUCUGAGGUGCUUCACCUUGGUAAGGUUGGAGCCACUUUGUUGCCAAGAAGCCGUCUGCAUUUAGGCUGGAGAACGCUGGUUUUGGACAGUUUGCAUCCGCCAUCUGUCAGCCUCUUCAUUUCAUUUUAGAACUGACCUUCUCUAUAUGGAAAUGGUAUAAGAAGAAUGGCUAAUGGAAAAUAAAAGCCAUUAGGCAAAUGUGACCUGCAUUUUCCUCUACAACCGGAGCUACAGAAGCAAGCAAAACACACAAACUCGAAAUAUGGAUGGUUUAAUUGAACCGAACAGUGUGCUUAUGCAUAAUAAAAUCACAGAGGCUGGGAAAAGAAAUGGCUUAAUCAACACAAGAAAUUUAAUGGCGGAAAAUAAAGAUGGAAUGGUCUCAGUUUAUCCGACUCCUCAAUAUCAGAGUCAUAUUGUUGGAAGUAUUUCUUCUCAGACUGGCAUAGACAACAUAAAAAAUGACCCAGUUCAACAACUCUUGGAUCCUAACAUGCUACAACAGACUGUGGAGUCUCACUAUCGCCCCAACAUCAUUCUGUAUUCGGAGAAUGUCUUACGCUCUUGGGGCGAGACUGUCAGCACUGAGUGCUGUGAAACCACCUUUAUUGAAGAUAGGUCACCAACCAAAGACAGUCUUGACUACCCAGAUAGCAAGUUCAUUGACCUUUCCUCUGAGGAUAUCAAAAUUCAUACUCUUUCUUAUGAUGUAGAAGAGGAGGAAGAAUUCCAAGAGUUAGAGAGCGACUAUUCAAGUGACACGGAAAGUGAAGACAACUUCCUAAUGAUGCCACCAAGAGACCAUCUUGGCCUCAGUGUAUUUUCCAUGCUGUGCUGCUUCUGGCCUUUGGGGAUUGCUGCCUUUUAUUUGUCACAUGAGACAAACAAAGCAGUGGCUAAAGGUGACUUUCAUCAAGCAAGUUCCAGUUCCCGGAGAGCACUCUUCCUAGCAGUACUGUCCAUCACCAUAGGAACAGGAAUAUAUGUUGGAGUGGCUGUAGCACUUAUAGCAUACCUUUCUAAAAACAAUCAUUUAUGAAACAUAGAAAGCUUAUAGCUGAUGAAACCGGACUUAUUAAUACAAAAAAGGCACAAGACUGAACAUACUUAUAUCAACUCUACAGAGGAGAAGAAUCAAGCUCUAAUUGGAAUGUGGCUGUUCAAAAUUGGGAUCUUUUCAUUCAUUUUUGGUUGUUCUUUUUCAUCUUGGUUCCGUUUUAAAAUGCAAGUGUCUUGCUGUUAUUCUAAGCAGCCAGUCAAGACUGCUAAGGAGGUUUGCUUUUCUAAGACAUAGCAGAUAGUGACCAAUAAAGUCACCUUUUGUAGGUGUUUGCUAAUGUGAUAUCACAACAGGUUAAAAUGGCUCAUGUAUUCCAUUGUAAAUCAGCGUCUCUGGCUUGUAAAUCCGAAAUUAUAGCAAUAUAUUAAUAUACACAUGAUUCAUUCUCAUAGGCUGAUGGAAUCAAUUAAUGUCUGCCCCCUGGCUCCUUAGUAACAAAACAACAUUUCAUUGAGUAAAUCAGCAUGAGAUCCCCUGCCCUUUUUAACUUAAUAGAAGCUUUUUUAGCUCAUUUGACAUUUCCUUUGUUGAUUGGGUUGAAGUGAAACAAUACUGAACAUGUUCUGGAACCAUAA